CAAAAAUGACUGGGAGCACAAUGUAAAUCUUUACGCAAAUUGUUUGCUCAGCCGACUAGACGAACAUACGUAUUGGGAUGAUUUUUUUUGGGUCAAUUUGAAGGCUGCAAGCCAACUGCGUUGCAAACAUGAUUUUGCUUUCGUCUACCGUAGUCCUGUAAGUUGUAGUUUCGUGGGAGUAUGUUCAAAGACCAAGCCAGUUACUUUCUAUUGUUCCUAGAAAACACACUUUCAUCAAAUUGUGGUGACCCAACCAAAUCUGGCCGUGGCUUCUUUGUGCUUACUUGCUAACCUAUAAAGUAACGUCGAGAAAAGGCUCUCUUCCUCUCUGUCUUGCGCCUUUCUCCUCCUGUCUUAAAGUCGAAUAACCUCGAAAAUUUCUAGCUUGAACCGGAUUCCGCUCCUUCUGUGGACGUCUCUGGGCUGUACAACUCGGCUUGAUCUUUUUAUCGCUGUUCCACCGCCACCACUACCACCAUCUUGUUCCAGGCCGACGAGGAGACUUGGCAGUAAAAACCAAGGAAGGACCCUCCGUGUGACUUUCUCGCAGUAAUCCGGCUCCCAAUGCUAAAGAGCCAAUGAGAAGCGGUGAAGAUCGGCGUGUUUGGCCAAUGUUCUCUGCCGAUGAAGAAGAGCGUUGACACUCGCUCCAACUCCAGCUUCAGCUCCAGCUUCAGCUUUAGCUCCAGGAGAGACAUGAUUCCUCCAGGUUCAUGAAGCUUCUCUCUCGGUUGAUGAUGGCCAUCGUCCCCCCCACCCUACCCACGUGGAUCUGGCAGAGCUGAAGCGUGUGGUGGGUACUGGGUAUAGCUAUAAUCUGAGGUAGUUCGUGGGUGGACUGAAGCUGAGAGAACAGACUAAGGGGGAGCCUCAUCAUCAUCCUUAGCCGGAUAUGCGCGCGCAAUCGAAGCGCCGGAAAGUUAUAAAAGCUUUCGAGACCUUCGUUUGGAGAACAGAUCGUUUUUGCUUCCGAGGUGGAAGCACGUUCAGUGAGACUUCAGAAUAAAUUUGUCAUUAUCGUUCAUUGAGUAACAACUCUAAGUCAUAGCCAUGGUGGCUAUUAUUACCAAUCAAACGGACCAUGGGAUCGAGGUCGAACAACGCUCUGGUUCGUCCUCGCCCGAUUCCAGUCCCCAAUUGCUGAAAAAGCAAAGCUCCACCGUGUUCUCUGACGGGAAUCAAGGCAUCAGGAAAAUCUUCAGUGGCCAUCAGCCGAAUUCAAUAAUUCAUGUGGUGCAGAUGUCUCGAAUCUUCCCGGACUCCAAAACAUUUGUGGACAUGAAACUCAACGACAGUCCUAUUCUAGUGCAGAAUGCAUUCGAUCGGCUCAUGGAAGAAAACAAUGAUAGUCCCAGCAAUGAAACCAUCGCCAGUUUUGUUCAAAAGUAUUUCACUCUGGAGAAUCAAAUGGAAGAUUUCACUCCAUCCGAUUGGAAAGUCAGUCCGGACUUUGUCAAUCAUAUCACGGACUCCCGCUUCCGGCAGUUCGCCAUAGAUUUGAACUUUCGUUGGCAGAUUCUCUGCCGAAAGAUCAAGAACGACGUGGAAGUCAACCAAGAUUUGUACACCCUCAUUUAUUUGCCUCAUCCAGUGGUGGUUCCAGGGGGACGGUUCCGCGAGAUCUAUUACUGGGACUCGUUUUGGAUCAUCCGAGGUCUCCUUUUGUCAGAGAUGUACGAUACUGUCCGUGGGAUGCUUUUGAACUUUGUGCAUCUCAUCCAAAUGUAUGGCCUAAUCCCGAACGGAGGACGGACGUAUUAUAUCAACCGAUCCCAACCCCCACUAUUCAUUCAGAUGGUUGAUGAGUACGUCAAAGCUACCGGGGAUGAACAAUUUGUCAAGGAUAAUUGGAAGUUCCUCGUCAGAGAGUUCGAGUACUGGGCUCAACAUCAUUUCACCACGGUGGUCAAAGAUGGCCGAUCGCACAGACUUGCCCGCUUUAAUUGCGAGGAUGAAGGUCCUCGUCCCGAAUCCUAUUUUGAGGAUUACGAGCUUGUAGAGCAAUAUGCCCACACCUUGGAGGAAAAGGCCAGUCUCUACUGGGAAAUGAAGACUGGGGCUGAGACGGGUUGGGAUUAUUCCUCGCGAUGGAUGAUCAAGGACGGAGGCAACACUGGAGAGCUCCACGAUACGAAAGCUCGAUUCAUCAUUCCCGUGGACUUGAACAGCUUCGUUGCUUUGAAUGCCCAAAUCUUGUCGCGAUAUGCCAGGGACAUUGUUCAAAAUGAAGUCUCGGCCGUGUUUUAUCAGAAGUUCGCUGACGAGCUCGUUGAUGCGAUUGAGGAGGUGUUGUGGGACGAAGAUGAGGGUGUGUGGUUGGACUAUGAUAUGAUCAAUUGCAAGACCCGAAAGUAUUUCUCCCCAAGUAAUCUGGUUCCUCUCUACACCGAGACCAUGUCGAAAGGAAAUCGUUCGAAUCAAAUCCACUCGGCCUUGUCCUACUUACUCAAACAUGAUAUCACUCAACACCCUGGGGGACUCCCAACCACAUUCUCAGUCACUGGUCAGCAGUGGGAUUUCCCCAAUUGUUGGCCCCCUUUGGAGCACAUGGUUGUGCUUGGUUUAGAGCGUACCAACAUCCCUGAGGCUCAAGAUUUGGCAUUCCUGAUCGCUUCCAAGCGAGUGGAAGGGUCUUUUAACAAUUUCAUCGCCAAAGGACAUAUGUUUGAGAAAUACGAUGCCUUGAGUUCAAUGCGAAUUGGUGGUGGCGGAGAGUAUGAGAUCCAAAUCGGAUUCGGUUGGACCAACGGGGUGGUCAUGGACUUUUUGAACUUGUAUAACAAACGAUUGGUCUCGCCAGCGAUUGUCGAGAUUGAGCAGAGAGCUGAAGAAGAAGCUCAUGAGGAAGAGCCCGAUCCCGAAGAGGCACUUCAAGAGAUCAUCAGUGAGACACCGGCUCUUCAAGAACAAAAUGAGGAAUAGACAUAAAUGUAAUUGGUAGCUAGGAUCCCACAAGUCAAAUCUUCGACUUUGAGCGCUAUCAUUUUCCGAAGCGAAUCUCUUCUCCCUCCAAAAUAUCUAUUUUCUUCAUGUAAUACCAAUUAGGCGUAGAUUUGAACGACUACUCCUCGCAAGAAAAUCCAGAAUCGGAAAGCUUCCAUGGCUCUCCCAUAGUAUUAGAGUCGUAUUGUGAUAGUGCAAGUAAAACUCACCAAAUUGUGAAUAAAUUGGACAUUGUGUUCAACAAAAGACUUUAAA